AUGACGACAGUAGGCUUCGGAGACAUCACGCCCACGAACCUGUGGGAGGUGCUGUUCACGAGCGCGCUGCUCCUGCUGUCCUGCCCGUGCCUGGGGUACCUCACCGGGCGCGUGGUGGAGGUCACGAUGAGCUUCUACAGCCAGAGCAGGGCCAUGCGGGAGAAGCGGAGCAUGCUGCAGCGCUACUUAUCUUGGCGGCACGUGCCCAAGCAGCUGGGUGCCAGCAUGAGACAGCAUUUGAUGUACGUGUGGAAUGCCACCGGAGGUAACGACGAGGUGGAGGCACUCGUCAAGAAGGAUCUGUCCCCCAUGCUGCGCCUCGAGCUGAUGUACCACAUCCACGGGCAGGCCCUCGAUUCCGUGCCGUUCCUGGCGUGGAUGAGGGGGUACUCCGUGGUCGUGAAGGAGAUGGCGGGGAUCGUGGACUCCAUCAACCUCUCCAGGGGCGACUUCCUCUUCCACAGAGAGCACAACGAGACGGUUUACCUGCUCCGGCAACGUCUGGAUCUCGCAGAACCGGAGCGUGUUCGCAGGAGAGACCACCUCACCAAGAGCCGCCAGAAGGCCGCGAAGGCCAAGGCGCUGGCGCAGAUCCACGAAGCGCGCAUGGCCCACAUGGUGCUGUCCAACACCGUCCGCGUGUG